AUGCUCUUCUCUUCUCAUCAUUCCGAGUACAAGGUCUUGGAAGGCGUGUUGGUGCUUCUCAUCGGCGUGCUCAGCACGUUCUGGCUGCCGCUCCCGCUGUACCGGCUGAGGGAGGCCGUGACAUGCCGACGCCGGAGGCUGCGGCUCCUACGCCAGUCCGAAGAAAGCGGCGGCAAGGUUGAUGUCGGCGCCGACAGCAAAGCUAUCCGUCCCGUCGGUGGUAGAGGUGCUGGUAAUGGCGGGGUGGAUGGGCAGACCACGGAGGGAGCGGCGGAGAGCUUGACGGGACAAGACCCCAAGUCAGCAGCCGCUGCUUCGGACGGUUUCCCAGACCUGGGCAGGCGGUAUCUCGACUUCCUCGCGCAGGCCCUGGGUCAGAGUCACUCGGCGGCAGCGGCGGCAAUAGCGGCCCCGGACCGCCGCACCGGCCUUCCUCGCAACGGCGGCGGUCACCCCGAGGGCUGUUUCGUCGACGUGUCGGCGUACGACGAGGUGGUGCUAACGACGGAGUGGGAAGCGGACGGUCUUCUGGCGGCGUGCCUGCUCUUCUCCGUGGUGACGGCGGAGACCAAGCGGGCCCCUUUCGCGUCGGACGGGACCAAGAGGCCAUACCCACUCCGCACUCUCAUCGUCGGAGAGGGGAAGGCCAGCCAGGCGCGUGAGGCUCUCGAGGCCAUGCGCCGGACGAAGCUCGUCCCGCCCGACUGCCGAGUCGAUGUGUUGGAGCCCGGAGAAGGUGCAGCCAAGGGGGAAAAGAGACGAGAGGAUAGAGGGAUAGAGGAGGAGGAGGAGGAGGAGGAGGAGGGGGAGGAGGAGGGAGGGGGUGGUGACGGUGUAUGGCGGUCGUUCUUAGGGUCGUGUUCGAUGCUGCUGCUGCUGCUGCGGUCGACUUUGAGGUGGCUGUCCGGGAGACGGCGAGGCUUGGCCAGGGGCCAAGGAGAGGGGGGGGAGGGUAGUGGCUCCGGGCACUCUCUUCGGCGGCAGUGGCAUCGUAGGCCCUCCGCGGGAGGCGACGAGGAGCUGUCUAGAGAGGACGUGGAGGAGGCCUUGGCGAGGGUCAACCGGGUGCUCGUCGUGCAGCUGGAGGAUCUGGUCCGGCCGUACGGCUUUCCGAGGGCCAUCGCCCCCGACCGCACGCCGACCCUCGCGGCGGCCGUGGCCGGGGCGCGAGGCGUUCUUCCCUCCUGCCUGAGGCGCGAGAUCGCCGCGUCGAACCACCUGGCGCUCACGGAGUUCCCGGACAAGGUGGCCUCGGCCAUUAAGGCGGGAAGGUACGCCAACGAGGAGCUACGAGUAACGGCGUCGUCCAUCGCAGCGGCGGCAGUGGCCGAGGAACCCGGCAUGGGCAGGGGGAGGGUGGCCGAGCUGGGCGCCUGCAUGGCCGACCUCAUCGCCUCCGACUUCGAGGCCCUAGAGAUGGCGGGUCUCAGCCCGGGGACGCAGCAAGCAGUCUUCCGGUCCCUUGACGUUGGUAUGGCUCUCUCGGACGUGGCCGCGGCGUGGGCGCUGGUGCGCCAGGACGCGGUGUGCUGGGAGAGCUGUCCCCGCGUCGGCUUGGAUCACUCUGCGGGCCGCCUCAUCUCCCUUGGCGAUGGGGCGAGAGGGGAAGAAACGGGGGAGAACAGCAGUGGUCGACGUGGCGGGAGUAGCAGUAGCGGCGACAGCAUUGAAGGUUCCGCGGGACGCGCCGGGGGUGAUGAUGGCGAUAUUGUUGAAGACGGGGGAGACCCCCGGCGCAGAACGAGAGGGAAAAAAGGCGACGCUAGAGGCGGUAAAGGGGAGCAGCAGCAGCGGGGGCAGGAAGAGGAGAAGAUUGUAGUGCGCAGAACUGGCGACGGUUUGUGCGGUAGUUGUGUUGGAGGAUUUUUGGCUACGGGCUUCGCGGACGGGUUCGAAAAAUUGGAAGACCAAGAAGCCGGGUAUGGUGCGUUCGCGGUGUUCAUCGUCCGGGUUCUGGAUCAGAUGCCCUGA